AUGUUAUCAAGGUGUUUGCUUCUUUUCUUAAUACUUGAACGGACCUUCGAAAAAGGAAACUUGAGGUCUUUUUUGGAAACGAUUCUCAAGUGCAGUCCUAAACGGGUUCAGACAAGAUCAGAAGGACGAGGAAUCAUGGGGAUUUGACUGCGGUCAGAUCGAAUUUCGGGACAAACAAGGCCGAAUCCAAUAAUAUAGAGUCGAUGGAUUUUCCGGUGUCCAGUUACAUGUCGGAGCCCCGCCUCACCGGUCGAUCCGUUAUAUUCGUUCUGGAUACAGCUACUUAUAGAAUCGGAACGUCGUUCUGUACGUUUUUCAUAUUUUUAAAUUUUUCCGUAAUUUAGUUCUACACCUUGAUAUGUGAAGAAAGAGGUUCUGCAAAUUUUUUCUGGAAUAUAUGAAUGAGUUUUUUUUUCUGAUUUGAAUUAAUUGGAAAAUGAUGAUUCGAAGCAUUUUCCAGGAAAGUUUAAAAUUCGCUCAUUCCUAAUUCCUUCUAAAAUAAAAAAAGUUUUUUAUCGCUGUUCAGAAGGAAAAUUUGGUGCAAAAACUUGAACUUAAAUCACUCGGACUUUGAUAGCGCAUAACGGAUGUGCUCCGGACGUUUCUGGACUUUUCUAGUGAUCACUUUAGUAGCUUCAGCCUUCUUAAGUGACCCCUAGAAUUGCCCAGAAACGUCCAAAACACGUCCACGUUACCAAUGUCCGAGCAUGAUCAAAUUAUUUUUUAUCUCUACCUGAUUCUUGAAAUUGAAAAAGCAAAGCUAAACAAUUUUUGAGAACGAAAAAAAGGUAAAAAGAGAAAGGAAGAUUACCAGUCGCGACGAGGCAAACGGCCGAGUGACCGGUUGCCGCGGCACAAGCCUGCCCCAUAGCCAUUCCGUUUUACCCAUUCUUUACACUCUCAAAUCUGCUGCUUCCAGAACGUUUCCAUUCAGAACGAUGACGUCAUGAUGUCCCUUCGGAAUCUUUUUUUGUUCUGCGUCAGCGUCGCCGUCGGCCACGGCCAACGGUUUUUCGGUGCGAUAACUGAUGUCAGUUUGUUCCUUCUGAAAACCUGAGAUCAAAAGAAGUUUCUUUGAAAUUCAAAGAGAUUUUGAGAAAAAAAAAUAAUAAGUGAUAUUUUUGUUAGCGGUGACGACUAAAUAGCAUCUUUUCAUUGCGACCCUUCGUAUUACGGUAAAUUAGAUAGGUUUUUGGGUUAUCAAAUGAAAAUUUGUGUGUUUUUUAAGACGUAACUUAUCUUGUUACUUCAAGAAAUGAGAUCUAAACAAAAAACAAAAAGGGAAAAAACUUAAAACAUUUUUGGCUUCGAAACACGCGGCGCGAUAUUGACCGGCCGCCGUAGAACUUUCUUAAACAUGCUUGAUUCCUCAAGUUUUUUUCAAACAUUUUAGAAUCUUCAUGACCUCGAAUCCAUUAUUUUUCUAAUUUUGACUAAUUUCGAAGGUGUCGCCAGAUUGUGACAGCGAAUUCGCUCGUUUGGCCACACAACUCGCCUCUUCAAAAGUCGAAGAUCGACGAGUCGUCGGCAAUAUUCAAGCCAUUCUUGCCUCAUGGUGAGAUAUUUCUCUCUUCCGUCAAUAAUUUCACUUCUAGUAAUAAAUCGCCGAUUCAAAAGCUCACCGAAGUGUCUGUUUACAUGCUCGACAAGGGCACCAUUUCGCCCAAAGUCAUGCAGCAAAUGAAGUUGGUCAAUUUGAUCUUUUUUGUAGCGUAGAUUUGAAUAAAUAAGCUAGAAAUCUUUUCGAAUGUUUGCCAAAGCUUGUUAAUUGAAAAAAUUAAAAUUUUUCUCGGCUCAUUUUCUUGCUAUUUGAAACCUUUUUCUGCUUUUUUGUGGCUUCAGAUAACUACCAGGUUUAGAACUUGGUGACAAAUGUAAUAAACUCGAAAAAAAGCAAAAUGACUUUCUGUUAGAAAAAUAUUCAAACUAAAAGAAGAAAUUUGUUUCAGAGAUGUCUACCAGGACCUCCAGAAAAAGAAAAUGACAUCUCUGCAGAAAUACGCAUCAGAAAUUCCUCAGGAACUGAGAGAAGUGGGAAUCUGACUUCUUCCUUUCAAAAAAAAAAAAAGAUUAAUGUUAUCUAUUUUGAGGCAGUGGAAGAACUAAAAACAAUUGCGACUUCGCCGGCCCUAAGUGGAAACGAACGAACUCAAAGACUAGAACAACUGUUUCAAAGUAGCUUUAUUUUUUUUUUGAAAUAUCAAUUCAAGACGAUUUCAGGUAUCCCACCUCAAUCUAAGCUUAUGAUCCAGGAAGUACUUCAAAUGGCCCAGAACACCGUUCCUCAGGAAAUCGCCACUUCCACAGUCAUCGAGGCUGCUCCCGCAGAAGUACCGGGGGCAAGUUUCAAAUUUCAAACAUAAAAAAUUGACGUUCAGAUCAAGAUAUCGAAAGUAGAACCUCCAGUUCCUGAGAAAGUUUUUGGACUUCCUGCGUCGUUUCCCAUUGAGAAAGAGCAGCUCUUGUUCUCAUCGGCACGAAAACAAGGCCUCGUUUUGCCAAUAGAAGGUUUGGAUCAAAUGAAACUAUGGAAAAAAAAGUAUAUUGGGUUCUCUCAGAAACGCAAACGAUUCCCCAACGAAACGUCCCUCCAGACAGCUUGCCGGUGGCCUCUUCAAGCCAAAACGCGAUGUUCCCCCAUUUAGCUCUAGGCUCGGUUCGAGUAGCUCUCAAACUGCUUUCUGAAACUGGAUUUUCAUAGGAAAUGACUCAGCAACUCACUCGGGACAUCGGCGGAAUCGUCCAUUCCAACGCCCAGAACGUAGAAAGUUUCUUCCAAAAGCUCGUGGUUCAACCAUCACGAAAUGUUCACCAAAUCCAAGCUCAAAACACGGAUCGUCCUCUCACAGUCGGCACAGUUGACCAUUCCGUAAGAGGACAUUCACAAAAGACUCAUACUAAAACAUAGUUGAAGAAAAACAACAUCGAGGACGCCAAUUUGCUCAAUCCGAGGAAGUCUUUGUGGACCGACGCCGCCGAGUUUCUCACCAAGUCAACAAAAGACUUGCCAUCAAAGGUAGGGCACGAAAAUUCUAGCUUUUUCAGAUCUUCCUCUUUCGUGAAAAAAGUAUUUUAUUUAUUUGGUGUCUUAAUGUUAAUCGAAAUCAAAGUCACAAAAAAUGUAAGCCGAAUAGAAAAAAUUUGAGCCUGAGAGAAUAUUUAUUCUCCUCAACUUCAGCUUAGCGAAUUGCUGCAGCAACAACAGAAGGCGAGGUCGUUCGCCCAGCCGGCUUUCGUUCCGAAUCAGCAGCCGACCAACACGUUUCCGCUCCCGGCGGAGGCCUACCAACACAUGCUCCGUGAGUCUGAUUGAGAUUUUCUCGACUCAGAAGCUCAGGAAACGGCGUCGAGAAGGGUGACGUCACACAGUGGCAGACGUUGAACGACGCUCCUCUUCUGCCGUCGAGACCGAUGACGUCAGGAAGAACGCUCGAUUCCUACGACACGCACGUCGGUCGCUUCGCCUCCACUGGACCAGCGAAUCGGUGAGGAUUUGAGCUUCACUUUUUCCUUUUUAAUCGGUUAUCUGACCUCUCUCAAUUUUAUGAACACUUUCUCGAAGAGAAAAGUUAUUUUGUUAGACCCUCGGGAGUUUCUCGCAAAACGAGAAGCUCAAAAUAGGUUUUGGUGUAGGUUAAAAGAGCAGGAUCGGCCUAAAUAAAACUGAACCUAAACCCAAAUGACGCGAAAAAAAGUCUGCGCCUCAAAAAGCAUUCACUAUUGAAAAUUUAUUUUGUUCUGCCUAUGAUGAAAGUCAUUCGCCUUUUUGAGUUUGUUUAUCUGAAGCUAUCCGAACUAUCUGGACUUUAGCUUCAAAACUCUGAUUUCUUGAGUCUUGAUAAUCAAUGGCAACGCAGUUCUACCUGAAGAAAGUUCCGAACUUUCAGCUACGUUCUUCCUUCAAACUUGGCAGAACUCCAACUUUCUCGAACUGCGCCCAAUCCUUCGGAUUUUCGACAAACGGCAGUCAUCCUGGGGUGAUAAGAUUGAGUCAGUUUCCUUCUAAAACACUGCUUCCAGAAACCAAGGCUCUGCUGAAAGAACCGUUCCAGGUCUUCUUCCACCACCACAGAUAAUCGGUCAGUCUCCGGCACGUUUCAAGGCAUCCACUUCUUUUUAGGAAACGGAGCAGCGCCGCCGACAGUUGCUCCGAUCGUCCCCGGCUACCCCACGUAUCCGCCGCCUCCUCAAGUCAUCGUUCCGACGGUGGUCAACGAAGGCGACAAACUUCCGGAGGAAAUAACUGGCACCUACAGACAGCAGAACCAACAGAUCAAUCAGCGUCUGCCCAAUGGACAGAUGCGAAAUGUCCAUAUCGAUCUUUGGAAUGAGCAUUGA